AUGGAUCCUCCAACCCCAAAGCUUACUCCUCUUGAAACUAAAGAUCGCGGCUCGACUGAUCGCAUAGUUUCAGAUACCGAAAUUCCUGAUAUUACUCUUUCUUCUCCAUCCUACUAUACAGUGGUUUCCCCACCUUUGAUUGAGACACAAGCUCAAGAGACGGCCGAUACUGGUAGCUCGAAUAUGUCGAAGAGCAAGGAUGGCAGCUCCUCCGGGGGUUUUCAUCAGGAGUAUAUCGCGUCCUUGCGUUAUCGGAAUGACCUUCCUCCUCCUGAUAUGCCCCCGAAGUUCCUUGAUAUUCCACACGACGGACUAGAGCGUUUCCUAACGCCAGGGUUUGCCUCUAACUUGGCACGUCGUGAAGAACCAAACAUUGAUGUAGACGCUGAGGGCGGUAUGCCCAUUGACCUGGUGGGCAUCCCGGGCUUGCACUUGGGCGAUGAAAGUGCGAUCAUGGCACCCGAGAAUCCGGACCCAAUUGACCCGGCCGACCUUCCACUUUUGAUGACUUUAGACCAGCUGAAGAACCCAGCACCGCGGAAUGCGAACGUUAGUUUUCUUCGUCGCACACAGUACAUUUCGGCUGGUCUUCGAGCACCGGAUGGUCCUAAAGUCACACCUAUGCGAUCGAAAUCCCGUCCAGCUGAAAAAGCUAAAUCCCAGGACGACCCGGCUUACAUCAAGAAAUACAUACAAAAGGGAUUCGAUAUUGCAUACCCCGAAAGCAAGCACGUUGGGGAAGACACGCCCAGCCAAAUCAAAGGGCACACGCCCACUAAACUUGAAGUUGAUGCAUGGGCCAGUCCUGUGCAUCCGGACAACCCUAAGUUGAAACCUGUCGGCUUUUACCCUCUCCUGCCCGACCUCCAAGGAUUCCCAGACCCUGGCGGUUUCGUCCAAUUCAAGUUUGACAAAGCACCUGUUCAAGAUGCCUCUGGAAAGCGUGAUAGGCGCAUGGACACCGGUAUCUUGCUUCCCUCCGCGCCAGAGGAGCGCGUAUGUGAGGAGCAUGCGACGAAAGUGGCUCUGCACAAGACGAACCCCAAGCUGUACCCUGAUCCUGGCCCAAUUCCCUGGGAUUAUGAUCUCUUCCUCCCUGAGAAGAAGGAUUCUAUCAAGAAAGUUCUCGCAAGCUUACAAAUAUAUAACCCCAACCGUGACAAUGAGGAGCUUUACACCCACGAAGGUUCUGAUAACUCGAAGUUCCACCGUUUCGAUCGCAUGCGCACUUUUGCCACAAGCGCCCAGACGCUUGGUGGUGAUAACAAGCAGAAAGAUAUUGCGGUGACACUUUUCAAUCCGUCAGAAGCGAAGGAAGAUUAUAUGUCUUCGAAGCAGAAGGCUGCAUACUAUUACCCCAUUCUCGGGAAGACCCGCCUGAAGCCCGAGAGAGCCCGCACUAUUGCACAGGCAGGCCUUGCUCCUACCCGCCCUAAGACGAAGGAAGACCAGGUUGACCAAAUACAAGUUGUUGUUCGCGAUCCGGAUGAGGCGGAAGUGUACAAGCGCUCUUUGCAUAGGGCAGCCAUUGACCCGAAGUUCGCAAAGACGAUGCCCCCUCCACCAGAGGGUGCGAACGAUGAGCACGAGUCACCUGAAGAGGGUGACAAGGAGGCUAUCUCCGGAGAUCGUGAGAUGAGUGUUGAAGAGGCGGAUAGGAUGAGUGACGAUUAA